AUCACAAGAAAUAUAGGUCGGAUGUUUGGCAUCAUGCUGUUCCAGCAGCAUAAAUUCCCAUCACGUCUACAGGACGGAACUUGACACCAUGGCGGCAGAGUUGCCCACGGCAUUCAAAGUCCUGCGCAUCACCAGCCCAGCUCCCAAGCCGCUCAAGUCGAAGUUCUUGGAAUUGCCUCGUGAGCUGCGAGACAUCAUUUAUACAUAUGCCCUGGACGACGUUCCAUUACUUGAGCGCCUGCAUGUCCCAAAAUGCGAGUUCUAUGGCCCCAAUGCCGACUUUCUCACACCUCCUGCAGUAAAGGUUUACACGCCGCGAGAAACGUGGAUCCCGCGAAGGACUGAAGCAGAAGAUGAAUGCCGAAGGACCUGCGUCAUUCGACAAGGCUUUGGCUUGUGGACAGUCAGUAAACAAGUUCAUGCAGAAGUUACGCAGAUGUGUUCCCAAUUGGUUCUUCACCUCACGUUCUUGCAUACCGAGGAUAUGUUCGAUGCGCUGGAGAACCUUCCCCAGGCGACUUUGAGCCGAAUCGAGACUUUGGACUUCCAUAACCUCUGGGGGGAUCACCAUUAUCGAUGGAUAGAAACAGAUCGCGUUGAACAGGAACGAGUACUCAAAGUCAUAUCAAGUUUGCCCAAGCUGAAGAAGCUGGUACUCCCCUACGUCUUCAUCCGCGGAGGACCUCACUGGCUGGUCGAAUUCACUCGCAUCCGGACUCUCGAAACAAUUCACAUAAUGCAAAUCCCCCUUCUGGGCUCAGUCGGUCCCUGGUGUAAAUUCAGACGUCCUGCUUUCGAGUAUCCGUACACUCUAGCCGGCAAAACUGUAAACAUCCAACAGGAAAUUCCUUGUGCGCGUGGAGUUUGUCCUCGAGGGUAUGAUACUAGUCAACCUGCACCGCUCGCAAGUACGACUGUUUGGUGUCGUUGGUGCUUGGGCAAGGUUGAAUAUAUUGGCUGGCUGGCGGAUUCAAUGCAUGGGAAUGAACUUCACGAAAGACUCGAUUAUGAUUAUCUUGAGAAUUCGGCGCCGAAGUAUAGUAUAGAGAAUCCAUGUCGGGAUACGAUUCAUUUUCGUGGGGAUGAAUAUGAUGUUCUGAUUUAUGAAUUGCCGUCGGUGUCGCCUGCUGUGAGGCGGCGGCGUGUUGCGGAGGAGGCGAUGGCUCUGGCGAAAGCGAAGGGAGCACAUAGCCGCGGCCCAAUAGUCCAGGGAAGUGUGGAGGAGUCAGAUGUCGAUGAGGGGGACGAGUACGAGGCUGAUUUUAGACCUUGCAAGUCGGCGACGCGGUCUCAUACGAAGAUGGAAGUGAGAAGGGAUGGACAAGCUCAGAAGAAAGCUAUGGAGGAACGCAGUCGCAGGAACGCGAACAAGGAGAAACGUGAGCAGGCUGGACGGAAAUCAGAGGCCAAGGACGAGCGCGGCAGUCUUCAAGUCUUGAAGACCGCAUUGGUUGAGAAUAAGAAAGCAGCAAGGAAACGCAACGCAAAACGUUGAAUCUCAUAUUAGAUACUUUGCUCGUGCAUACGCUAUUCUCGAUCAACAAUAGCAGAACACUCUUCCAACCACGCGAUCAGCGAAGGCAACAAAUCUUGAUAGCUAUGGCCGACACCAGGC